AAAGAAACAGCACAGAAUCAGCUGUACAUUCACAAAUAUUUACAUCCAAAUUCUAAGAAUUAAAUUACAUCAACUAAUUUCAUAAUGGAAGAAAGUGGGAGUGCUGAAGAUGAUUUAAAGAACUUCCGUAAUCAGUGGCAACGAGAAAUUGAAGAAAGUCAGCAAAGAGAUGAAUCUAGCAAUGAAACAAGAGAAAAAAUGGCAAGGAAGUUAUUUUUGGAAGGUAUUGAACUAGAAAGAGCACGAAAGUAUUUUGAAGCAGUAAAGUUGUACAGACGUGCAGUACAAUUGGAACCGAACAUUGAAUAUAAAGUUUAUCAAGCAACUCUUGCUGAAAAUGAGCAAAAAGCUGCAUAUUCAAAGAAUAUUGCAAGUUCCAGUAAAGGAAGUACUGAAAAUACACAGAUCGAGAAUGAUGAUGACGACCUUGAAGACUUGAUCGAUAGCUUUCAAAAAGAGUUGUCAUUAGAAAAUAAACCAAUUUGUGAGAGUUCUUACUUGCCUGGAACCUUAAGAACGGGAAAACACAUAUCAGCACUUCCAGUUGAAGUUUUACUUCUUAUUUUGAAGUAUGUAGUCAGCAAUGACCUCGAUAUGAAGUCUCUUGAACGAUUUGGUCGCGUUUGUAAGGGAUUCUUCCUACUAUCAAGAGAUCCAGAGAUAUGGAAGCUUGCAUGCUACAAAGUAUGGAAAAAUAAUGUUUCACCAGCUACUGAAAGCCUUACAUGGCGUGAUAUCUAUAUUAAUAGAUGUCGUGUGCUAUUUGAUGGUUGUUAUAUAUGUAAAAUUAAUUAUCAACGGCUCGGUGAGAAUUCAUUCCAAGAUCAAUUUUAUCGUCCUGUACAAAUUGUUGAAUACUUCCGUUUAAUCCGAUUUUUCGCUGACGGCACUUUAUUCAUGAUGACUUCCGCUGAUGAGCUACAAAAUAGUGUAAAUAGGCUUAAAAACCCUAAGAUUGCAAUACAAUCACGCGAGAUUUUAAAAGGAAAUUAUCAUUAUCAAGAUAAUCACGUACUUAUCGUCAUCAAGAAAACUCCAUCGAAUGGCACUCAAAAGUAUAAGAGGAAAAAUGUUGAAAACGAUAGCUGCUUGACAUUCUUUAUGGAACUAGAGAUUGGUGACUCGCCAAGAAGAAAUUUCGCUAAAUUAUCAUGGAAGAAUUAUUCUAGUUUUUUCACCGAAUGUAACGAAUGUUUGCAAUAAAUUGAAAUUUUGUGUUGUUUUCAAACUGAUCUGAUCUUGAUUGUUAUUAUCUGCUGCUGGAGCCAUGACUGCUGUUUGACUUAAUAAUUCGUCGCUACCUCUCUGCGAAUAGAACAUGAAAGUAAAGAAGAG